AGCAUGAACUUGAAGCAACCAACUUGGUGUGCAAUAGCUUGCAUAAAAGCACCACUCUAACUAGCUAGUAUCCUUUUAUAUAUGUAUCUAAUAAUUAUUAUCUGAUACGUAUAUAUUGGUUGUGUGGCAUGGCUUCUAAGUAUGAUGUUGCUUUCCAAGUUGUGUUAUUUUGCAUAUCUUUAGUUGUGGCAAAUUCUGUACACUUCAAUUACCCAGCAGUUUUCAACUUUGGUGAUUCAAACUCAGACACAGGCGAACUAGCUGCGGCCAAGGGCUUUCAACUUCCCCCACCUUACGGACAAAAUUACUUCAAAACUUCAUCUGGGAGAUUCUGCGAUGGCCGUCUCAUAGUUGAUUUCUUAAUGGAUGCAAUGGGCUUGCCAUUCUUAAAUGCCUAUUUGAAUUUAGUGGGUUCACCGAAUUUCCAUCACGGAUGUAACUUUGCAGCAGCAGGUUCAACUAUCCUUCCCGCAAAUGCAGGCUCGAUCAGUCCAUUCGGCUUUGGUGUUCAGGUAUCUCAGUUUCUGCAAUUCAAAGCUCGGACUGUUGAAUUGCUUGCAGGCAAGAAAUUUGAUGAAUAUGUCCCGGCUGAAGAUUACUUCCAGAAGGGGCUAUACAUGUUUGACAUAGGCCAAAACGAUAUUGGUGGCGCAUUUUAUUCAAAAAACUUGGACCAAAUACUUUCUUUAAUUCCAACAAUUCUAUUGGAAUUUGAAAGUGGAAUAAAGAGACUGUAUGACAGUGGGGCUAGGAAUUUUUGGAUACAUAACACGGGUCCAGUCGGAUGCUUGGCUCAGUAUGUUGCCACAUUUGGCGCGGAUACAUCAAAGCUCGAUAAAGUAGGAUGUCUUCGUGCGCACAACCAAGCUGCUAAAGCCUUUAAUCUACAUCUGCAAGCUCUCUGCAGUAAAUUGCAGGGACAAUAUCAUGAUGUAAAUGUUACAUAUGUUGAUAUUUUUUCCAUAAAAUUAGACCUCAUUGCAAACCACUCACAACAUGGGUUUAAACAACCUAUUAUGGCUUGUUGUGGAUACGGAGGUCCGCCAUUGAACUGUGACAGUCGCGUUUCUUGUGGACUAACAAAGACCUUGAGCAAUGGAACCACAAUUACAGCAAAAGGUUGUAAUGAUAGUAGUGUGUAUGUAAGUUGGGACGGGACUCAUUACACCGAGGCUGCAAAUCAAUAUGUUGCAUCACAAAUUCUUACCGGAAACUACUCCAAAACUCAUUUGUUAUAAAAGAUGUCAUUCAUUCUCUUGCUCAAGUUCUAAUCCAGUCUACUUAUUGUUACAGAAAUUUUAUUCUUUAUAUGCUGUAUUGCAAUUUGCAACCAAUAGUUGAUUGUAACCUUGAAUGACAUUCAAGCUCUUAUAAACAAAUGUGAUUUAAGAAAAAUUUGAUUAAUAGAAGCACUUGUUUAUAAACAUUAUU